CAAAUACAACAAACACAAAAUUCCAAGUCAAACCAACACGAAUCACGAUGUUUGCAAUGAGAGAAAGAGAAGAAAAGUUCGCCACGGAGAAGAAGAAGUCGCCGUCCGCUUUUUCGUCACUAUUCUUCAAGAGGCUGAAAUCGAAGGACAGCAACGGCGGCGCCCGCUCGUGGCGCCGGAAGUCGAAGAGCUCCACCGGAUUCCGUUGGAAGAGGAAAUUCAAUUUCAAUUUGCGCGUUUGGUUCGUGGACAAUGUUCUCUUCAAAAUCGUAUCGAUUUUCGAAGCCGCGGUGCUCGUCACAAAGCUCUGUUUCUUCUACCUCUGCUGCGGCUGCCACUUCUGAUUAUUGUGAAUCCGAUUGAUUGGUGAAGAGUGAUUCGAAGACGGAUUUUGGGGGAAAUUUUGGAUUCGGUCUAUGAAAUUGAGUUCUGGAUUAUUCCCAUGGCCAUGGCAAGGCUGAUUUGGCGCUGGAAAAAAAUUGCUUUUUUUUUAUGAAUGAAAUAUUUCUUUUAAUUUGAAUUGUUAAUAUUACUCCACUAUUAACUAUUUAGAUUGGUUUGCACAA